UUAGACAAAAAUCUAUUGACUUUUGGACCAUGGUUCAUAUGAACCUUUUGACUUGUUUUGACCCCCCCAUUAGCCAUUUCAAUAAUGAAUACCAUAACGUUUACACCCGGUAUAACUCAAUCUCCUCAUUUGUACACACGCAGCAGCGGUGGCCGCAGUAGUAGACUCUUCGGUCUCCUGAUCAGUCGCCGUGCGCUGUGCGUGUUCGAGUCCCGUCCCAGGAGAAAUUUUUCACUUGGCUAUGGAUGUUGUGAUUGUCCGCAGGUGGUAGACGGUACCACCCGGCGGAUCUCGUAGGCGGAGCCAGAAUGUGUGCGUGUUGCAUGCACACGUGUUCCCUCGCCAGAGUCCGUGUGGCGUUCCCCCUUUCCCCUGUAUCCCCCUAUAGCCCCACGGUACCCAAUGAGUGUUUAGGCCUUAGGCCUUUGUAUUAGUUGGAGCAUAAAAAGAAAUCGAUAAACAUAUUUAUAAUCUCUGCAA